CAGUCGCGCCACGGCAAUGGGUACCGCCCAGUGCGGCGCAUACAUGGAGACGAGGCAAGAGUUUUGUGGGGGCAAAUUCAAUGGCGGGCGGCGAAUGCGGAAUUGAGGAGCCGCAAGCCCUUUGGUCCGGCCUUCAAGCGGCCAUGGCAUCGCCCGGCGGCAUCGCCGCGUGGAGCCAAGGCACUGCGAGUGCACGCGGCGUUUGAGCCUCGACGCCAGGUGCAGCACCGCCACCGCUCAAGAUCCCUUCUCGCUGCUCUCCACCGUUCCGCACUCCGCGCGCCGCCGCUGGAGGAGAGUCUCGCGAUGGCGGACGAGGCGGGCGGAACGCGGCGGUGGAGACACGUGAACUCGGAAGGGACUUGCGCGGCUGUCGAAGCGCCCUCAACCCCCAAUCGCCUGGCGUCCCGCCUGGGCGUGCUCAUCCUAACCGCGGCGGCGGCAGCGGCGGCGGGGGCGGGCAUGUCGGCGCAAGCCGUGCAGGCGGAGGCCGUGCAGGCGGAGGCCGUGCAGGCGGAGGCAUUGCAGGCUCCGACAGCAGCUACGCCCACUGGGGCGCCUGUGCCGUCCGCAGCACUGGCGGUACCGGAGGCAGACUGCCAGCGGCAGCAGCGUUGCAGCUGCCGCCUGUAGCGGCGGUUGCUGCUGUUGCCGUGCCAACCGUCGGUCCGAUUGGUAGCAGUCGUUCUCCACGUCAGCAGACAGCUCAGCAGCACGUGGCAGCGCUGGAGGGGCGCGUGGCGCGCAUGAUGGCGUGGUGCGGCAGGGCAGGCGCGGGCACGCGGGGGGCACGGCGGGCACGGGGCGAGAGGGGCAGGCGGCAACGGCGCAGCAGGCAGAGCUGCGGCGGCGAGUGGCGGGCGUGGUGGAGGGGCGCAGGGCGACAAGUGGGAA